CUGGAAAAGGUUUGUACUUUCAAUUUCUUGAGCACUGUUGUCACGCUUAGUUGGCAUCGCCAUUAAUUAAGCUGUAAACACUUCGAAUUCUCCGUCUUCUUUGGAGCCAGACGAGUGUCUCCUAAUCUAUCUAAAACGUACCCACCUUUUUAAAAAGCUUUUACUUUGCAAAUGACACUUUCGAUUCCCAAUUUCUUUGAGCAGUUUACAACUCAAAACGUCUACUUUAUCUUUCAAGAGCUCUCUAAUGGCUAUUCUUUCUCCAACUUCCUCUGUUUCAAAGGAACCCUUUUCCUGCUCACCUCCUCUUCGAGCGGGAAAUUCCAAAACUUUAUCGAUCACAGCACAUAAGAUCUUUAGUUCUAAUGGGAAAUUAGGUGGAAUUCAGCAAACCCACUUGAGAUUGUGGACUGCUUCAAAUGAUUCAGAUCUGAAGUUGAAGGCUUCAAGGGACUCUCCAGCAAUGACCACUGAACUUAAAAGUGACAAAUUGGAGAGGCCUGCAGUAACUAAAAAAGAUUCUGAUUUAUUUGAUGAGUUGAAACAGCGUUUUAUAAGUUUUAAAAAGCAUAAAUACAUGCAAAACAUUGAACAUUUUGAAAACCUUGCCAAGAGUCAAGCACCAAAGUUUAUGGUAAUUGCUUGUGCAGACUCCAGGGUUUGCCCAUCGAACAUACUGGGAUUCCAACCAGGAGAAGCAUUUGUGGUUAGAAAUGUUGCAAAUAUGGUGCCUUCAUAUGAGAGUGGACCAUCAGAAACAAAUGCUGCACUUGAAUUUGCUGUAAAUUCUCUUAAAGUUGAAAACAUUUUAGUUAUUGGCCACAGCUGCUGUGGAGGGAUUCGUGCCCUAAUGAGUAUGCAUGAUGAUGUAGAAACAAGUAGCUUUAUUGGAAGUUGGGUGUCUGUUGGGAUGAAUGCAAGGUUGAUAACCAAGGCUGCUGUUUCUAAUCUCAGCUUUGACCGGCAGUGCAGACACUGUGAGAAGGAAUCGGUCAACUGUUCAUUGGGGAAUCUCCUCACUUACCCAUGGAUAGAAGAAAAGGUGAGAAAUGGGGAACUCUCUAUUCAUGGUGGCUAUUAUGACUUUGUUGACUUUACAUUUGAGAAAUGGACGCUGGAUUACAAGGGAAGCAAGUUGAAGGAGCAGAAUGGCAAAAUUGCAGUGAAAAACCAGACAUUUUGGUGCUAAAUCCUGCCUUGCUUUGUUUGUUGUAUUAUUAUGUUUUUAAACUUCUGAUUUGUGUUUUAUGUAUAGAAAUAUCAAAACACCUGUCUACUAAUGUUAUUCACUCGAAUCAAGUGAAUAACUACCUUAUCAUUUGUGUGUUGUAAUUGUAUGUUUCAUGUUCUGUUGAACUUCCACGUUAUUGUAAAACUCUUACCUUCAAAUAAAAUAAUUUGCAGUUACAGUUUCUGGCA